ACAUGCCUCUGUUCCAUCACUCCAGCCCUGAGCCACAGCCGGCCCCGGCCCAGACGCAAGAGCCUCAGCGUAGUCGGAGCAUGUUCUCGCGUCGCGGGAACAGCCCGGAUGCCGUAUCUUCUGUGAACGGUUCCACGGCCGGUACCACUGGUACCAAGUCUAGUGGUGGCUUCUUCAGUCGCCGCCGUUCAUCAUCGUCUGAGAACCUCGACGACAUCAAGAACGAGCCGUCUGUCGUCACAGCACGCCAGAGGGUGACUGACGCGGAGGCCGCUGAACGCGAUGCCGACAGAGCUCUCUUGCAAGCUCGCGCUGCUGUGCGCAGUGCCCGGGAGCAGGUCAAGAUUCUAGAGCAGGAGGUUCUUGAGGAGUAAGUCAUCGAUCUCUUGGCUGUUCUUGCGGAGUGGCAUUUGUCGUUCUAGCUGCGCGGUUACCGAGUCGCUUCUUGACUGCGCCACUCCGCAUAGUUGGCCCAGACUCAUUCGAGUGAGAAGUGGGAUGCUGACAUAGCCAUUUACAGAGCCAGGCGUGCGAAGGCCAAAC